CGGCGGCCGGCAGCGGGGGCACAGGGACCGGGACGGGGACGGGGAAAGGGGCAGGGGGAGGGCCGCCGGGCUCCUCGGAGCUGCCCCCGAGGUGCUGCCGCCCCGGCCCCUCAGCAGGGCUUACUGCGGAGCUGCCGUCGGGGCGAUGGACGGCGGCGCGGCUCCGGGGCUGGUGAUGCUGCCGGCGUGGGAAAUGGCCGCCUACCUGUUCCUUACGGUUGGCUCCCACUUCUAUUCUUUCUAUGAAGUGCACCGAGUUUCUCAAAAGUAUGAAGGUGAAAUUGACAGAAACUUUGGACUGGAACAAGGGACUCUGUUUUGGGGCCUUAAAAAGGAUUCCCUGGACUUUGAGUGGAGCUACUGGGUUGAAUGGGGAAGGGAACGUAUACUGUUGCUUCUGGCUGGUCAUCUGCUGGUAUCGCAAAUGUGCAGGCUCUUCGUGGAGAAGUAUAAACCAUGGUGCUUGAUGGUGUAUGGAAUGGCUGCCUGCUGGUUUUUAUUAGGAAUCAAGGGCUUUGCGGUCAUCUUGUUAUACGCAGCUAUUUCAUUUGCUGUGGCUCAGUUUCAGAUAUCGCUCCUGACGUGGAUGUGCUCUCUUGUCCUGUUAUCCACUUUACACAUACCAGCUGUGGAAGAAGCCAAGAGAAAGUGGUACGACACUGAAAAUGAGUAUUAUCUGCUUCUCUUCACGGUGUCUGUCCGUUGCCUCUUCUACACAAGUUUCAGCCUGGAAUACUGCUGGCACGAACCUGCCCAGAAAUCAUCACAUUCGUUCCUGUGGAUGCUGGCAUAUGUGUUUUACUAUCCCUUGUUCCACAAUGGACCCCUUAUGAACUUUGAUGAAUUUAGUAAGCAGAUGAGGAAACAAGAAGCCUUCAGUUUGAAGACCAAUGUUGGCAUCUUAAUCGUGGGCGUAAUUCGUAUUUUCUUUUGGUGGUGCUUGGCUGAGCUAAUGAUACACCUCAUGUAUAUCCAUGCUAUCUGCAGCAGUUCUCCACCUUUGGAAGCUGUGUCAUACUGGGCCUUAGGUGGCCUGGCUUUAGCUCAAGUAUUAUUUUUUUAUGUGAAGUACCUGGUUCUGUACGGUGUUCCUGCCCUCCUCCUUCGAAUGGAUGGACUCAAACCUCCAGCUCUUCCUUGCUGUGUGAGCCUGAUGCACAGUUUCACUAAAAUGUGGAGAAGUUUUGAUGUUGGGCUCCAUCGCUUUCUGGUCAGGUACAUUUAUGUUCCCAUGGGAGGAUCUCAGUCCAGUCUGCCAGGAAUGCUUUUUUCCACAGCCCUCACUUUUGCCUUUGUAAGCUAUUGGCACGGAGGACAGAGCUAUCUGUGGUACUGGGGAGCUCUUAAUUGUCUUGGAGUAAUUGUGGAAAAUGGCAUCAAGAGGAUACUUACUGUUUCACUUAUUCGAGACUUAAUUGAGCAUUUCUUCUCGCCAAGAAUUCGUCGUCGACUUCAUGCCGUCCUAGCAUCUGUUUGCACUUCAGCGUUGAUUUUAUCAAACCUAAUAUUUCUUGGGGGAAAUCAUGUUGGAAAAAUCUACUGGAACAGGAUCUUUAUGGAAGGCAACUGUCCAUGAAUAUGAAGGCUGAGUACAAACAACAGCUUGAAUGAAAAGCUGAUUUUUUUAAUGUAACUCCAGGAUCUGGAGCUUUUUUAAACACAAAACUGCUUUUCACAAGGUAGGAAUUUUGAUUCUGAUAGCUCCAGUUAGAAGUUCAGCAUUACUAUUUCACUUCAUCUCUAUCUUGGAGCCGAUUUCCAACUCAAGAAAGAAGGAAAAAAAAAUAUGAACUCUGAUGGUGGGAGUAACCAUACGAGGAGCUCUUAGAUGGACUUGCGGAGGCUGCGUGGGAAAUGUAGCUCUUUCUGUGGGCCAAUGUUAAGUUCUCUCUUUCCUAGUUACAUCAUUUUUAGUUGAUUUCUAGUGCUAUUUUAAGAGUGUUUUGUUUGGUUGUUUUUUUGUUAUAACAGUUUUGUUCUGCCAGAAAUGUUUCAGGGUAUUCAGUCUGGUCAUUUCAUGUGAAGAGAAGAGAAAAUAUUUAACGAAGUUGGGCUCUGGUCAUCACCUUUAUUUAUUUGGAAGUGUGGGAGCCUUUAGACCAUUAUCUUUCUGCAUUUUGCAGAUGUUACUUACAUAAACUUCCUGUUUUCUACACUCCUGCAGAGAAGUCCCGCUUUCAGCAGACUUCACACAGAGGUGUACUGAUUUGUCUCAUGUUGCCUAUCAAGGCUGUAGCAAAGCCCCAGGUGGAAAUCAGAUUCUCUGGUUCUAGUCUAAAGCUCCAUCCUCUUACCCUGCUUUGAGUUUUACGGUUAAAGUGGUAUAUACGUAGCACAACACAAGCUUUUGCUGAUCAUAUAACCUGUUGAUUCUCAUGAGACCCUAUCUCUAAGCUAUAGGGAACUAUGUACAACAGUGACAGAAAAUAGGCUCAUAUAGAACAAGAAAAAUUAGGCCUGUGUGUUGUUGUUUUUUCUCAUUGUCUUUUUUAUGUAAGAUGGAGACUACCCUGCAUUCAUCCCUUGGCUUUCAUUGCAUAGCCAUAUUAUAAGAAAAUGUAUGAUACAGUAAUGGCACAAGCACACUCCUGAAGUUUACUCAAAUAAUACUCAUGGAAGUGAUGUUGGCUACAUGUGAAAGAACACACAUCAACAUCCACUGUGACAUAAAGUGGACAAUUAACAGGAGAAAAGAAUGCAAGCACAUUGAGUAGACAUAGUCGUUCUGAACCAAAGGCUCUGCAUAGGGUGAAUAUAAAAAAGAAAACAAAUUAUCGUACCUGCACACCAGCAGUCCUUUUCUGAACCUGUGCUUUUUAUAUCUUGUGACGAUCCUGCUCUUUUGUCAAAGCAGUCUGUAUGCAGAACAGCAAACGUGGCCAUAUGUUGUAUCGUUGGGUUCUAAUAAUGUUCUCUGUGAGAUGAAGUACUUCAGGCAGCAAUAAUGAAUGGCGGGAAGUGAGUGCACUAAAUAAACAAAUGGGGUUUUAACAGAAUUCUCUCAUGCCACUUCCAUAUGCAUGUAUCUGUGUGUAUUCAAAGGGAAGAAGUAAGUAAACAUGACAUCCUGGCAUCCAAAGUUUGUGCCAGAUGUCUUAUGCUUGG